UUGCAUCAUUAUCCCCCUUUCUGUUUCCAUUUCCAUCUUUCACUCUCUCUCUCUCCUGACGGAAGUUUGAAAUAACGCGAUACUACCAGAUAUGAGCAGCUUAAAAGGCAAAGUCAUCGCCAUCACCGGCGCGGCGUCGGGCAUCGGACUUGCGACGGCGAAACACAUUGCAUCCCUCGGCGCGCGGGUGUCUAUAGCGGACGUCAACGAGGAGCUUUUGAUCGCUGCUGAGACGGAGCUCACGGGGCUCUUGGGGGCGGAGAACGUGCUCUCCAAGAUCGUCGACGUCAGGGACCGCAAGGCCGUCGCAGCGUGGAUCGCCGAGACGGUCGAGAAGCUCGGCCCGCUCGACGGCGCGGCCAAUGUCGCCGGCGUCCUCGGACGGCAGGGAAACAUCGCCAAGGUCACAGAGAUCGAGGACGACGAGUGGGAUUUCGUCAUGGGCGUCAACGCGAGGGGCGUCCUCAACGCCAUGAGGGCCGAAAUCCCCGCGCUCGGUGACGGCGGCAAGGGGAAGAGCAUCGUGAAUGUUUCGUCAGUGGCCGGGCAUUACGGUCUGGAGUUCCACGGGGCGUACACGGCGAGCAAGCAUGCCGUCGUCGGCCUGACCAAGAGCGCCGCGAGGGAGUUUGGAAGAAACGGGCUGAGGAUCAAUGCCAUUUGCCCCGGCGCGAUCGAUACACCGAUCCUGAGAAAAGCUUUGGAGACUGCGGAGACGGGGGCUGAUGUCUUCUCGCCGCUCUUAGGCAGAACUGGAGAGCCUAUCGAGGUUGCUACGGCGAUUGCUUUCUUGCUUGGGGAUGAGGCAUCGUAUGUAACGGGGCAGGCUUGGUUGGUCGAUGGAGGGUCUUUGCCCUAGAUGUAAGACAUAGACAUGGCGGGCAUCAUGGUAGGUUAGUUUCAGUUCAAGCCCGGUCUCCGGGGCGGACCGGGGCGGGUAGGCGCCAAAGAUAGAUUGGGGGCAGAGUUAGUGGGCCGCAAGCGACGGAGCGGACCGAGUCCGAGGAGCACUGAGCUAAUUGCAAAACCUUGCUCAGUUAUCGGGCCACCUUUGGACGUAUGUUCAAAUGUUGCAUUGGUGAAUGACCUCUGGUCAUGAUC